CGCACCUUCUUCUCGCCUGCACAUCGCCGCGCGGCGGAGCAAAUCAAGGCAUGGAUGCAGGAUUGUGGCAUGGAGUCAUGGAUAGAUGUCGUGGGGAACGUUCACGGCCGCAUCAAGGCCAGCCGCGACGGCACUCAGGCGGUGUUGCUGGGCUCCCACUACGACACCGUUCUGGACGGAGGCGCGUACGACGGCGCGCUGGGCAUCAUCGUGGGUCUAGCGGCAGUUAAAAGCAUGCUGUUGACGGAGAUGGAGGGAGUCCGCUUCCAGUCGACCUUCCUGGGCAGCCGCGCAGUGGAGGGCGGGGUGGCCGACCCACAGGCCGCUGUGGCAGCACUGGCGCUGGAUCCCGCCUCCAUCUCCGAGUACAUCGAGGUGCACAUCGAGCAAGGCCCCGUGCUGGAAGCACGGGGGCUGCCGCUGGGCGUUGUGGCGGGCAUCGCUGGACAGACGCGGCUGUGGGUGCAUGUCAACGGCACGCAAGGCCAUGCAGGCACGGUGCCUAUGCGGGGCCGACGGGACGCCUUGGCGGCUGCAGCGGAGCUGAUUGUGGCGGUUGAGGAACUGUGCAUCGCGCCGGAGAGCGAGGAGAACCUGGUGUGCACUGUGGGGGAGGUCCAGGUGUGGCCUGGUGCCUCCAAUGUGAUUUCCGGCCACACGGGCUUCAGUGUCGACAUCCGCAGCAAGACAGACCAGAUGCGCAACCUCGCGGUGGCGCGGCUGCUCCAGGCCGUGGAGACGACCUGCAAGCGGCGCGACGUGGCGUGCAAGGUGAACCGGAAGCACGACGCCGCGGCGGUGCUCAGCGACCCCGAGGGCCUGGAGUCGGUGCCCGUGCUGGUCAGCGGAGCGGGGCACGAUGCCAUGGCCAUUGCAGAAGCGAUCCCGAAGAUGGGCAUGAUGUUCGUGAGGUGCCGCGGCGGGGUCAGCCAUUCGCCUCUAGAGCACGUGGAGCCGGAGGACGUCACUGCAAGCACCGCGGCGUUGGCAGCAUACCUUUGGGGCCGUGUGGCGGGGCCCAUGCUGACUGGGCCAGAGGUGCAGGAAUCAGCAGCUGCAGCAGAUACUGAGGCUUCGAAUGUUCGGGAUGAGCUGUGA